AUGCAUUGCGGUCCCGGGGCUCUUCCUGAUCCUGCGGGUCUAUACCAGGCUUGCGAUUAUGCGGUGCUUGGAGCCAGCGGAUUACUUCUUGUGCUUGGCUUUUGUAUGCCCUUGAUCGUAGCUGAGAUCGCUAUGGGAUACCAGAUGGUAAAAUGGGGAGCAGGAGUGCAUCAGUGGCAGAUCACCCUGGGUCAACUGUUCAAUCAGCUUUACUGGGCAAACGUCGCUCAGAUCAUAUACUGUCCGCUCAGCUUCGUGGUCAAGAUGGCCAUCCUCAUGCAGUACCUCCGGCUCUUCGCGCCCUCACGCAGCAGCAACAAGUUCAUGUGGUAUGGAGCAUGGGCCACGAUAGUAGCGACAUUCAUUGUCUACACCUUCUUUACAUUUUGGACUAUGUUCUACUGUAAGCCUCGACGCAUGAUCUGGGACAAGCUUACACCGGGCGGCAAGUGUUACGAUGUGAACGACAUCAUCCUGAGUCAGGGUGUUUUCAACAUGGCGUCCGACGUCGUCAUCCUCUUUCUCCCAACUUUGUCGUUAUGGCAGCUCAACGUACCACUGGCUCGCAAGAUGUUCAUAACACUGCUGUUUGCGACCGGAUUGGUAGCAUGUAUUGCCUCGGUCAUGCGCAUCUGGUUCACUCUCAACAUCUCCGCGGUCAUUGCCGAGGCUGAUGUAUCCUGGAACGGCCUAUUCAUCGGGAUCUGGACGACGCUCGAGGUCUCUCUUGUCUUCGUCGUAGCGUGCACUCUAUGCUUGCCCAAGCUGAUCCAAGCGAAGGGCGAGAAGUUCAGGGUGGCGUUGUCGUAUGCUUCAGCCCCCUUUACCGCAGUUGCAGGAGUCGUUCGCAGGAAGACAGGUUCACAUGAGGAUUUUGAGCCGAGUGCUUCGCAGAGUGGCCCAAGGGUUGGGCGAACUUCGACAUGGGAGGAUAUCGAGCUGGACGACAAAGGGCCCAAGUACUUCGAGGAGCGCGAGCAUACGCAUUGGCAAGAAGAGAUCGACUCUCAUCCGAGAAAACCACUAAGCAGGAUGCACCGAAUGUGCAGCGCUGCAGGCAGUAGCGAAUACUCACAACGCAACGGAUCGAGGUUUUCGAAUCAACACUAUGAUGGAUUUCAUCAGCAACCACUCCACACACCGGAGCUCUCGAAGCAGCAGCAACCAUGGAAGUCUGCCUUUAGUCCAUAG